AUGACGGCCGCCAACGUGGCGCUGCGCCAAGCGGGCCUCGUGCGUGUGAUGGCCUCGUACCAAGAUGGGAUUCCGCUUGCACUCACGCGCCUCAGCUACUUCUGGAAGCACCAAGUCACGUUUGCGCCCGGUGGUUUUUUCAACCUAGGCUUCCGGUUUACCGUGCCCAGCUCGUCGACGGCGCACUCGAAUAGCGACUUGUAUCUUCACGUCGUCGACAGGCGCUUUCCAUGGCACUGGGCCAUGCGCGUUGGCGACGACGACGCUUGCCUUGCGUGGGGAGAGUUCUACAAGGCGGAGCUCCUAGCGCUGGAUGUGUCCGAGGAGUCGUCGGUCACGGGCGCAAUCCGAUACGACCGGCCCGUCGUUGUCAAGUGGUUGUUGGACCAAGGUUUUUCCGUCAGCUCGACGGCGAUGCAAGAAGCUGUCAAGCGCAGCGAUGUGGCGCUGGUUGAACAGCUCUGUGCGGCAACGUCGCAGAGUAUUCGAGGGGUCGUUGCAUUGACCAUCUUCCACGGGCGCCUCGACCUCUUGGAGUACCUCUACACUGCCUUUCCGACUGCUUUGCGAACGACUGGGCUCGCGUGGGCGCACUACCAAGCCCAGCCGACCUGCUCCGGGCCGCCAAGAGUCGCAACGCCGACGUUCUUGAUGCCGUUCUAUCGAUGCUCGAUCCUGCAGACGCGCUAA